GGUAUGUCUAACACAAUGUAGCUUUUAAGUUAGCUAUAAUGUAUAUAUGUAGCGUGUUUACAGCGCGUUUUCAGCUAUUUAAAAGAUUAACAUGGGAGUAUAAAAAUGAUUCUCGUACCUUUUCCAAUGUAGUUAACAAUGUUCUCUUGGCUUUGUCCGCAGCCGACUCAAAAGCAUCACUCGCUAGAGUUGCGAGAUCAUCCAACUCUCACAAUGUAGUUCACGGGGAAAUUGAGCCGUCAAUUACAAGCAGUGCCCAUCUGGUGGACUCCACUUCUGUGCCUAAGGAAGAUGGACCAGGAGUUACUUUACCAAAUUUAUCGCAAGACGAAUCGGCUACUUCCACAACUAAUAGAGAGUUUGUAGGAAUCAUGUCACCUGUUUGGUGCAAUGGAAUCCGCAAUGUUAUUCGCCACAGGUACACAGACGAAGGGGUUUGGAGCAUCUUGUAUAAUCACUUGCCGUCGGGGCGAUUUUGCAUUUCUCUUUCUGACUUACCGCAUAUAAAUCGCGUGUUGUUAAGCAUUCGUUCCUUUGAGUGCCGAAAUGCAGCGGUACAAUCCAAAGUGUCCAAAAUUACAGGUAAGUUGCUAAAGGGUAUAUGCCUAGCUGCACGAAAGGAGCUUAACCGAGGAGUAAUCGACUUGAAAACAAUGCCUCAUAGGUUAGGGCAUGCUACUGAGAGUCCACCAUUUACUGAAGAACAUGAUCCAUUGCUGUGUACACCAACUGUGGAUGAAUCUAACUGUCCGAAGGCAUUCACCGAUGAUCUGUGGAAGACGUGGUACAUUUUAUAUAAGUCCCCAACUAUAAGAUGUAAUGAUACCAUGGAAAUAUUGCUUGAGGUCCUCGACCGCCAUAAGAAAGUAGUGGAUUCUUUUGAUUUAGGUCGUGUAUUGCGUAUGAUGUCCUGUAUAUUAAGCAGUAAAUGCUUGUCCUUGAUUGAGGAGCGUCUUUUAAUCAAACUGUACAAACGGAUGUUAUAUAUAAUCGAUGCUCGAUUAAGAUCUAUAUCAUUCGAGGAUAUAGCUGAGGGUGGUGAAUCUUGUAACCUGGCAGCGUACCAAGAUAAGAAAGUGGAAGUACUCCAGGAUGUGCCUGAUGAGCAUUCAGAAGCUAUAAAUGCAAUGGAACCAAUUACUGGACGUAACAACAUGCUAUUGAAGCAAGGUAACCUUUUUUGGACGCUAUCCCAUGUACGAGAUUCACUUGGAACAGUAGCUGACAUGUGGCAUAGGAUGCCAACAUCGUCAUUUGGGUCUAUUCUACAUUCCGAAUUGAAUGUCAAUGGGAUAUUGUGGCUAUUGAAGGUAUCUAAAAUAACUCUCGAACGUUCAGUGGCAAUACACCAGCGACUCUGGAGCUGUGCUAUCAGUUACACAAGUAUUCCAUCAUCUGGAUCCACUCAUAUGUAUCCCGAUGAGCUAUACAAGGGCGACAUAAUAUCAAUGGUUCGUUCACUUGACUCCGGUAUCAAGAUUCUAAAAUCAGUGGUUGCAAAACGGGUUGUGGAAAAGUCAUCGGAGGGCAGCUCAUUGGAUAGAUUGACUGAACCAUUGUACGAUUUUUGUUUAGUACAUUUCCAUAAUCCACCACAUUCUAUCGUUCGGUUGAAUAAACAGCAGGUAGCUGCGGGCUAUUAUCUCAUUUUACACGGUGCUGUGAGCUGUGAAUGCAGCAUUGAUCGCAUUGAUUUGAUUUUAACAUGGACACUGUCAAUGUUACAUGCGUCCAUUGAUAAAUUUGUGGAGCAUAACCCAGGUGAGCUGCUUCAUUUGGUUGCUACAGUUGACAAACUGUUAUGCUUGAUCCGUGAUCUAGAUGCCUCGGCCGCCAAAUGUUCUGAGAUACAGGAUACCAUCUGUGGUACGCUGGUUAAGUUAUCAGAAGUACCUGAGUCAAUUCAUCAACACUGGAUUAACAAUGGUGAUAUAUCUUACCUCUUAAUGCUGCUACAAAGGUAUGGAUGCUUGUCAUACAGUAACAUCUCACGCAUUAUACCUAACACCAAGGUCAAGUGGUGGACAUGGGAUCCUCACAAAAUUGCGAUAUUCUGCCAUAGUGUGUCUAAAUUGGGGAGCCUUAAUAACGAUACCCUUUUGGGUACUAUGGAUGCAUCGUUACAAACAACAGAUUUGGGCCAACUGGACAACCACGAUGCUAUCACGUGUAUGGAGGACAUACUGCUGCCCAUAGGCAAUAUGUUUUGUGAAUUAGACAGACUACUAAAGCAGGAUCCAAAGUUGUUGUGUCACUUAAACCAUGCACAGCUUCUUUCUUUGGCCACGUGUUAUGCCACUGCUAACGGCUCCCUAUCAUUACCUUUGGAGCAGAUGUUAUUGGAUCGUGUUCAUCGCAUGAACAUCGUGGAGUGCGUGCAGGCUAUGUGUUUAAGAUCAGUUGUUAUUUUGAAGGCUUCUAUAAAUCGCAUUAAAAGGUUGCUUGAACACGGCAACAGGAUAGUUGACAUAACACCAAUUUUGGAAUAUAUCUACAAUGGGAUUUGUUUAAACAGAGUAGAUCCCAGUAGUGUUGGACUUAAUGUGAAUAGCAACAACUUGUUUCCCCGAAAUGUGGAUACAAAGAUUAAUUGCGACCCUGUGGAUGCUAUUGCCAUAGUUAAGCAACUUUGUGAAGUACUGUCUCGAAUAGAGUCUGACGUAAUGGUACUGAGUGAUUUGGAUUAUUUCCAGCGGAAGUUAGAAAAGAAACUAUACAACGAGACACGUAUAAAGCAUGUUGCCAUCGAUAGAGAGCAGUCUAUAGGUACUCUAGUUAUUGCAUCACAGAGUGCUAAAGAGAUGUUACUGAACGAGAAUGUGCAAAAUGAACAUCAAGUGGUAUACACUACGUUAGCGAAUUUGUUUGGCCAAAGGCAAUGUAACUAAU